AUGGAUGCAGUAGGAAGAGAAUUUGCUCUAAAAGAUGAUAAUUUGAAAAUUACAAAUACCAAACAUUAUUGUGCUAACCAUCUUAGAGACUGCCCUUAUUUUGCUACCAAGUAUUCACCUGAACAAAUACAACUCAUUCUCAAUUCUGCUACACUUUUACCACCAAACAAACAGGUAAUGAUAUCUUAUACAGAUGAAGAAGAUGAAGAUGAAAAUAAUUCAACUUCUGGAAUAACAUCUUCUAAUUCGUUAGCUUCUAGUAAUACUUUAAAAAAACAAACCACAUUAUCCAAAUAUGUUGGUCGUUUACUUACUGCUUCAGAAAUUUCUAAAUUUGAACUUGUUGCAAUGAGUCAACUCUAUGCUGAAAUUUUACGAGCUUAUAAAAAAAAGAUCAAACCUAAUUAUAGUCAAUCAGAUUACUCUUCCUCUGCUUUAUCUUCCUCUGCUGCUCUAGUUUCUGCUAGUUCUUCACUAUCUAAUCAAGAUCUAGAAUUUGAAGAGACUAAUACAGAUGAUAUAAAUAAAGAAAUUACUUCAGAAAUUGAUUGGAAUUUUGAAGAAGAACAAGAUGAUCUUGAUAUUGCCGAUAUUGAUUUUCUUGAUUCAGAAAUGCAUCCUGCUGAAAAUCAAGCUACAAAAUAG